AUCGUGUCUAUUGGGAGGAAUGCGGAAUUGUAUCACCCCAGUGCGUAACGCCGCGCGGGUAGAUAUCGAUCUGGUUCCACUAUGGAGGGGUCGGGGCUAACCUUUACACUGCGCCCUAAUACCGGGCAUUGAGACCCCGGAUCAACCCCACCAUCGACCUCAUAAGACAGACAGAGCACGCAGCAACACGCGACUUGGAUUGUCUAAAGCCUAACUUAUCUGAUUUAACAACGUCUGAGGAACACCUCGUGGAGUAUCAUCGGUCAACUCGCCUAGAAACAGGUCUCUCUCUAGAUACUUACCUACUUAGGUACCUAUCAGAUCCCGUUUCAUCGAGGUACAUAGACAAACGCCUGUGGAUCGUCCGCGUAGAUCAACCCGCACAGACACGCUUCCCAAAUACCUAAUUUUCUCGCAUCUAAGGACGAUAGAAAGGGAAGGGAAGUGAGGGAUACAUAAUCCCGAAGAACAUGGCGUCACAUUCCCGCUCGACGUCCAUCAUGGGCCGGAGCACGAGCGUCGCCGGUGGCAGGGAGAAGACGCACUUCGAGCAGCAGCGUGAGGCGUUGAUUGGGGAGAUAGCUAUGAGCUUCGAACACGUCCUCGCCAACAUCAACAAGCUGAACCGGUCACUCGAGGCCGUUGUAGCAGUAGGCAACGAGUUCUCGUCCGUCGAGGCGCUCUGGUCACAGUUCGAGAACGUCAUGGCCAAGGACGAGGAGACCAAGGCAGCAGCGGGCGAUGACCAGGAGCAGCAGGAUAUAGGGGAGCGGUCGACGACGCCCAAGGGCGAGCCAACGCCACAGUCGUGAGGAAAUGGGUGUAGAGAGAGUGUAAGCGAGACAAGGUCACGACGCGUGGAUUUCUUGAUACUUUACUUCUAUCGCGGGACGGCGUUCAGGCAUACC